GCGCUUCGCAAGCGGCAGCGUCGAUCUUCAACGCGCAGAGAAUUUGGUGUCAGCAAAUCGUGCGUCUAGUGGAAACGUUGGCGUCGCUUCCUAUGAGGAAGAAACGUGUUCAUUUGUGCAUGUGCGUUGGUGUCGCCUUUCGUUUUUUCGUUUUCCUCGCGGGAAAGAAAUCGCCCAGCUGGUCUCCGCGUGGUGUGCUGCAAGUUGUGACGGGUGGCAGUGACCUUGGAGACGCGAGGACGGGUGACCGCGGAGUUCGACGACAGAGUCGCCGCUCUGCUGUGUACGCGUGCGCGGCUGCGGCGCGAUAAGCGGCGUGGUCCUUCUCUCCGCUGCUUCACGCGCGUUUGUAUUUUGCGCUCCCUCGCCUUCUCCCCUCGAGAUUCUCUGAGGCCACCCGGUUGUGCGUGCCAGCAGUAGCGCCGGCCGCCGUCGGAUUCUGCCGGGGGAGCAAGCAGCAGUGUGGCGCGCGCUCGCCGUGUGGCGUCCAGUUUUCGGGAAGUCGUCAUCGCCGGCGGUGACGUCGCUCAGCUCCCCGGUCGAUGUUCUUUCUCUCCCCCUCGUCACGCCUGUCGUCUCUUCUCUGGAAUAUUCCCAGAGAUCCACAGUUCGGGAGCGCGUGCGAGUGAGUGACAGCAUUCGCUGCCUGGGCUUCCUUCAGCGUUGCCUCGUCUUCAUCGGACAGUGGUUACUCGUUGUCCCCUCAUUGUGCGAGACUCACUCCUGCCAUUCUGUGCCCGGUUGUGCGUGACCCGUUUUUCAGCGUCGGCCGCCGGCGCGGCGGUCGUCUUGGUUUCGCCGGUGCCCGAGCGAGGGCGGUGGUGCUGUUGUGGUGUGUGCGCGCGUGUGUGUAACCGAUCGGCGUCUCGGAUUACGUCGCACAGCGCCGGCGCCAUCAUUUGUUGUUGUCGUCGGUGUUUACUUUCUUCGUAAGCGCUCCCCAGCAUUUUCGCCGACUGAUGGUUUGCUGCAGCGUCUCGUCUGGUCAGCUGGCCUGUGACCAUGGCCUGUAACGUGACGUCGUCCUGGGGAUACAACCAUUUUGACCCCUUGUGGAACACCGGCGCAUCCAGCGUGGAGCGUGAUGCCCUUCGAGAGCGGGAGCGGCAGGCCCGCGCAAUUCGCGCGGGUGUGGGCGGAGGAGAGUCGGGAGGACAUCCCAUCUUCAGGGCCCCCAUCAAGGUGGAUCCGGGCCAGGAAGACGAGCUGUCCAGACGGAUCAAGAACACCUUGGGGGACUUCAACCAGGUGCAGCGACUCCUCUCGCAUGAUCCCAACCACCUGAUAGGCAUCUCGCGCACCAAUGCGGCCGCGCAGGCUCGGGCGCCACCUGCCGUUAGCAACCCCGUCAAUGGCAGCAGCAGCACGGCCUCCACGUGGAAUGGCAAUGCCACCGAUCCUGGAGGAACAAGAAGUAGCAGCAGCAAUAGCAGCAGCUUGGUGGCUAAGCAGCAGCACCAUAGUAAUAGUGGCAGCAGCGGCAGUGGUGGUGGCAGCGCGCAUCCUGCUAGCCAGUCCAGCAUUAGCACUCAACAGCAGGGUUCCUCUCACCACAGCAGCUCAAGCCACCGCUCGCACCAUGGCAGCAGUCACCACUCUCACCACCACUCUCACCAUCACCACAAGAAGCAGCAGCCACACCAGCCUCCGCCACUGAUGAAUGGCCAGUACAAGUCCUCGUCUUCCUCGUCGUCCUCAGCGGCUGGCAAGAAUAGCAGGCACUUGUCCCAGCCACCGCAGGGCUCCGGCCACCACCACCACCACCACCACCAAUCAAGGGGCGGCUCUCAUGAGCAAGGACGGCUAGAGGAUGCAGCAUCAAAUCCUAAGGCGAACUCUUUGCCAGCUUCAAGUUCGGUAUCAAGUUCAGCCUCCACCACGAACCCAUCCUCAGCACCGUUGAGCCAGGGUCCCCCCAAUGGCCUUGUCGUUAGACCGCCUGCCAUGCGUGCACCCUCCAAGGAUGUGAACAAUGGAAACAGUUCAGCCUCAGCACAACACCAAUCAUCUACAAAUUCUUCAUCGUCACUCACUGUGCGCACAGAGAGCAAUGGCCCUGCGACAGGUAGCACCAAGUCGUCUUCAUUGCCACGAAGCUCUGCAGCUGACUCCAAACCCAAGCGGCCUCUGCCUCGGCUGCAAAUCUCAGCACCCUCUUCAGAUAGCGGGACCGGCAGCACACUUCCGGAACUGGAAAGCAUCCUUAAGGAGAUGAAGAAAGUUCCACCGGUGUUGACAGCCAUUGAAACCCCACGAAAGGAAGAAUGCCGGCCUUCUUUUCCUACAUCCCCAGUGCAGGACCCAGUGCCUAAUCACCUAGAUGAAAGUGGUGACUCAAAGCAUCUUCUUGACCCUAGGAAAGUGGCCAGCCCUCCGGGCAGCAGUCUUCAGGAUGACCUGGAGAUGAGCGACAGCGACGAUGAGCAGGAGCCACCAUUUCGCAAGACGUCGUCCUCGCUCGGUUUCUCCAUAUCGAAGAACCCAUCAUCUCCAAAUGAAAGCAUCCUUCAGCCGCCAUCUCUUGUUGAGAAGAUGUCAUCAUCAGAGUCAAGCUCCAGCGACUCUGAUGACUCCUCCUCUGCAUCAGGCUCGGGAAGUGACUCGGAAAGCUCGGACAGUGAAGGCUCCGCUCCAGAGACAAGCAGAGAGCCAAGCACCCAGAGCUGGAAGCUUGCUGACCUCAUUGAGAAGCGCAGCUCUCCUGCGGGUUUGGGAGCUAGCUUGGCCCCCAUGGGUCAGCAAUCGCGAGCCGAGGAUUCCCUCGUGGAUGAGGACUCCUUCACGCCUAUCCUCUCCCAGUACCCGAACAGGGAUGCUGACCUCGGCCUCAUGCUCAAAAGUCCCAGCCCACAAGGCCUGGACCUGAUUCGCUCCCCUGUCACGAAGCCGUCAAAUUUUCUUCUUUCCCCGGUGCACUCAAGCCCAUCCCGGAGUCCACCGCCCUUGACCAGCCACGCAGGGGCGGCUCCACGUAGUCCGUCACCUCCGGACCAUCAACCUGCGCCUCUGACGGCGAGUGUAACGGCCGCUUUGUCUGACGACGAAGGUCCUUGCCAGAUGCAGAAUGGCAGGAUAACCAUGAGGCUGGGCAAGCAGCAGCCGGCACAACCCAAGUCAGAACCUGAGCCCGCAGCUGCCAAGCAACAGCCAGAGCCAGUAAAGCGGUCAUGGCCAUCCAAGGCUGCCAAGAAAGAGACUAGUCCCAGCCUGGCCCCACCCCCCAGGAACAAGACACCUGUCACCCCAGUCCUGCCUGCAAAAACUGAACCGGUGGAAGGCGAUGUCACAGCCAGGGAACCCACGCCCAUUGGCAUUACUCCAGCAGUCAGUCGGACGACUUCAAAGCGGAGUCAUUCGGACCGCUACAACGAAAAACGUUCCAAAAUUCACAAGCCACGCUUGGUGCUGUCUGACUCGUCCAGUGAUGAUGAGGCACCACCUCCUCCAUCGGCUGUGGGGAGGCUAUCCUCCAGCGAGGACAGCAGAGUUGAUCAACGAACUUCCGCCAAGGCUGCGCCAUCGCGUGUUCGGCCACCAAAGCCAUCCCGUGGUGAUUCUAAAGUGCACAAGGAUGAGCUGGUUGUACCCAAGAGGGAAGGGAUGGGCAUACCAAGGACUCCUCCCGAACCUCCUUCACUGUUGUCUCCCAUUGGGCAGCGCAGUGGCAGUGAAGUUCGGGACAGUGCGCCUGCCACAGCCUCAUCGGAUAGCAUGGUUGUCUCCAUUGCCUUAAGCCGCCUCCUUCGGUUGCCUGGCCGGCUAGUGAGGCAGCAGCCGUCUCCAUCCCUCUCAAAAGAGCACCCGCUGGAUGCAGGUCCGGCUGUGCUUAAUCAGAAGCCCGAUGUGUCAAAGCAUAACUUGUGUGGUAGUGCAGUGUCUUCCCCAGUGAAGGGCAAGUCAAGCUCGAAAAGGAAAAGUUUGCCGGACGAGGACAGGGGAAGCAGAGAGCAGGAAAAGAAGCGGAGGGUGUCAACUAGCUCCAGUGGCUCGUUACGAGUCAAGAGAGAGUCAGUUGAACUGCCACGGCCAGAUGAUGAAUCGGAGAGCCGGCAAGAGUGGCCAGAGCCUCUACGCUCAUGUGACAGCCCAAGCAGUUUGAGUUCGUACUCAAGUCAGCGGAGUGGCACACGGCAACACCGUGGGCGCCCCUCUUCAUCCAGCAGGAGUCGCUCUGAAAAAGGCUCUGCGUCUCGGAGAGAGACAACGCCUUCUAGUGAAAAGUCCAAGAGGCACCACAAUCACCACCGGGACAAGAAAAAGUCAUCUGGCUCAAGAACCCGGUCCCACUUGGAUGGGGCGUCAUCGUCGAGUAAAUCUCGCGCUGCACCUGAUGAUCCAAGCUCCGACCCCAGUGCCAUGGCAGGCAGCACAGAUGUCGUUUCUUCUAGUCAGGUGAAUUCUUGGGAAGGGCUCCUGUCGAGCUCGGAUCAGAGUGAAGUGCACGGGCACGAGACACCCGGUAGCCGCAUGGGAUCGCUGGGCAGCGGGGGGAUGUCGUCGGCCAUGCCGGUUGGGACUGGAGGCCUUCUGACGGUGAAGAAGGAGGAGCCCGCCGACGGGCAUAGCCAGCGGGGCAACCCAUCCCAGCUCCUGUCGUACAACUCGCACCGAGAGUGGGAGUCAAAAAAUGGCAGCUCAGACUACUUUCUCUGCGAGGCCAAGCGGUUGAAACACGAGGCCGAUCGGGAAGUGCACCGCACAGCACAGGCGGUCAAGUAUUUAGAAGCGGUGCUCUACUUCAUCCUAACGGGCAAUGCCAUGGAGCACGGCCGUGCCGACCCGGAAAAUGUGUACCGCAUGUACAAGCAAACACUCAUUCUCAUCAAGCACAUUUCAUCAAAAUUUCAAAAGCUCCAGAAUGAUGCUUAUGGCAGCAUUGACAACAAGCUUGCCAUACUUAGCCUACGGUGUCAAUCUUUAUUGUACAAAAAGCUGUAUGAUUUGCACAAAAAUGAUCUCCGUGAGAACAUGCGUGCCCUCACUGAGUUCCAAAAGUGCCCUUUGGGCAAGCUUGCCUCGCCGCCACUGGCUCCAGCAGGCGUUCGUCUGCAGAGAUCCCCGUGCCAGCCGUCUCCACACUCGCCCACGCCUUCACCCGCGGGCAGUGUGGGCUCCCAGAGCAGCGGCUACAGCAGCUGUGAGCUGGCCAGCAAUGGCCACGGGGGCAGCAGACAACAGCCAGCAACAACGGCCACUGUGGUGCCGGCCAUAGCCACAGCAGCAGCAGCGCCCCUGCCGGGCGUAAUAGCCCUGCCGCAGUCCCAGUACCUGAUGCUGCAGCACCAAUUGGCAAACCUGUUGUGCCUGUACCGUUGCCACGAAUUGUGGGAGCAGGCCGACUCGCUCACCAGCCGCUCACACUCCAGAGAGUUUUUCGAGGAGCUUGACCGGGACUGUGGCAUACUGACACUGCACAGCUCGUGCUCAGAGCUGGUGAAGUACAUUCAGGAAGGUGUUUGUCGACUACGACAGCGGUUCACCACCUGUUCCACGGACAGUUGCACCACGUGAUGGGGGCUGUCCCCUGCCGCUGCCACCUGCGUUGCCACCACCAGCACCGUGAGCUCGAUGCCGCACGAGGCACGGCUUCUGUGAACUGUGGCCGUCACGGGUGGCCCGGCAGAGGCAUUUCUCCUUCACCCAGUGCUGCUGUGCUGCAAUAUGUACACAUACAAACGAUGCGUUUUGUUUCUCA